AGGCAGGAAAGAGGCACGAGUUUGCCUCUCUCCUUGGAAGUCCUACCUCAAGUGGGGAGGGACAGGGAUGCGCAGGCAUCAGCCUUCUUUUUCUCUCUCCCCCCCUGCCUUUUCUCCCCCUGUUUUGGCUUUCCGCCCUCUGCUAACUCGCGCAUCAGCUCCUUCUGCUGAACUCCUACACACAUACACACACACAAACCCCGCUUAAGUAUAAUCUGAAUCUCCCAACGAGAUGACGCACGCGGGGAGGAAAAGGCAGCCCAGCGCCUCUGUAUUCCGCGUCCGCAUUUGGUCUGACUUUCUCCAAGUCGCUCCGCUCCGCAGCCAUCGUUCCCUCCGGGCAAAGAGUGCGCCCGUCUCGUGCGAGGUCGUGAAAAACGGACCUAAUCCAACGCAGAAGUGAAGUUUUAGCAAAGGGGGACCUGAAGGACAUGAGACUUGGCCCCCCUCGGGGUGGGAGUGUUUGUAGGAAACCGAAGGCGCGGAAACUAUGUCUCCAGGGAGGCACCUAUGAGCUGAAGAGUUGACUCUCUUUCCCAUGGAAAGGAAGCGAGUGGGCACGAGAAACUUUGCCGGCAAGAGCUACCAGGGCAAGGGCACCGAAGGAAACAACAGAUGGAAUUAAACUGAAGCCAAGUGGUUUUUAAAAAAGAAGACAAAGAAGAAGAACAAUCUUCAUCCUUCCAGAGCUCCAAUUCAUCAUGGCAGCAGGUGUAGCAGCAUGGCUGCCCUUUGCCAGAGCAGCUGCCAUAGGAUGGAUGCCGGUAGCCAACUGUCCUAUGCCUCUGGCCCCAACAGAUAAAAACAGACGGCAGGAUGAGCUGAUAAUUCUUAAUGUGAGUGGUAGGCGCUUCCAGACAUGGAGGACUACAUUGGAAAGAUAUCCUGACACUCUCCUUGGCAGCACAGAAAAAGAGUUCUUCUUCAAUGAAGAUACAAAGGAAUAUUUUUUUGACCGGGACCCUGAUGUCUUUAGAUGUAUCUUAAAUUUUUACAGAACUGGCAGGCUGCACUACCCAAGAUAUGAGUGCAUCUCAGCCUAUGAUGAGGAGCUUGCCUUCUAUGGGAUCCUACCUGAUAUAAUUGGGGAUUGCUGCUACGAAGAAUACAAAGAUAGGAAACGAGAAAAUGCUGAACGGUUGAUGGAUGACAAUGACUCUGAAAACAACCAAGAGUCUAUGCCAGCCUUGAGCUUCCGGCAAACCAUGUGGCGAGCUUUUGAGAAUCCCCAUACCAGCACCUUAGCCUUAGUCUUUUACUAUGUCACUGGCUUCUUUAUCGCCGUCUCUGUGAUCACCAAUGUGGUGGAGACUGUGCCAUGUGGCACCGUCCCUGGCAACAGGGAACUGCCAUGUGGGGAGAGAUAUGUAAUGGCUUUUUUCUGCUUGGACACAGCUUGUGUUAUGAUUUUUACAGUUGAAUACCUUAUGCGACUCUUUGCAGCCCCCAGUCGCUAUAGGUUCAUGAGGAGUGUGAUGAGCAUCAUUGACGUGGUGGCCAUUAUGCCCUACUACAUUGGCCUGGUGAUGACCGACAAUGAAGACGUGAGCGGAGCCUUUGUGACUCUGAGAGUUUUCAGGGUGUUCCGAAUUUUCAAGUUCUCCCGCCACUCCCAAGGCUUGCGAAUCUUGGGGUACACUCUGAAGAGCUGUGCCUCUGAGCUUGGUUUUCUCCUCUUUUCUCUCACGAUGGCAAUCAUCAUCUUUGCUACUGUGAUGUUUUAUGCAGAGAAAGGAUCUUCAUCCAGCAAGUUCACCAGCAUCCCAGCUUCGUUUUGGUACACUAUUGUCACCAUGACAACCCUUGGUUAUGGAGAUAUGGUACCCAAGACAAUUGCUGGCAAGAUCUUUGGCUCCAUUUGUUCACUGAGUGGUGUGCUUGUCAUUGCACUUCCUGUCCCAGUUAUUGUUUCCAACUUCAGUCGGAUUUAUCAUCAGAAUCAAAGAGCUGACAAGCGACGAGCACAGAAGAAAGCCCGGCUGGCCAGGAUUCGUGUGGUUAAGACAGGCAGUUCCAACGCCUACCUUCACAGUAAGCGCAAUGGCCUCCUUAAUGAAGCACUGGAGUUGACGGGGUCUAUGGAUGAUGAACACAACAUCAGCAAAGCUACAUCUAUCAUUGAAAGUCAGCACCACCACCUGCUGCACUGCUUGGAAAAAACAACUGGAUUGUCCUAUCUUGUGGAUGAUCCUCUGUUAUCUGUACGAACUUCCACCUUCAAGAACCAUGAAUUCAUCGAUGAGCAGAUGUUUGAGCAGAACUGCCUGGAGAACUAUCCAUCCACUCGGAGCCCCUCCCUCUCGAGUCACCAUGGCUUGUCCACCUCUUGCUGUUCCCGCCGCAGCAAGAAGACAACACACCUCCCCAAUUCCAGUGUGCCAGCAACUCGGCUGAGGAGCAUGCAGGAGCUCAGUACCAUACACAUCCAGUGCAGUGAACAGCCCUCACUCACAACAAGUCGUUCCAGUUUAAAUAUGAAAUCAGAUGAUGGGCUGAGACAGAACUGCAAAGCUCCCCAAAUAACAACAGCAAUCAUCAGCAUCCCAACACCACCAGCGCUGACACCAGAAGGUGAAAGCCGGCCUCCUCCAUCCAGUCCCAGCCACUCUACGAACAUUGCUAGCAGCAACAUUGUCAAGGUCUCAGCUUUGUAAGAUUGUGUUGGUCAAAGGAGGUGGCUUGGAAGAAGGCCAGCAUUCCUCUCCCUUUCCCUGCCUCCAUGUUCCUUCUUUGCUGCAUAUUGUGCCUAGAUGGAUGACUGGACGGACAGUGAGACCAAUCUGAUUGACAUCUAAGAAUUAACCAUGGGAGCCCUCAUGGAACAGCUUCCCUCAAACUCAUGUUCAUGCUGCAGAGUGAGCUCAGGAGAAAUGGGAAGUUGGGGGGCAUGUGUGGAAGGACGGAGGAAGGAACUCUCUUAGUUUGGAAACACGCCUUGUUCCAGGAUAUGAGGCAUAUAGAAGUUCCCAGAAAGUGGAAGAGAUGUCCUGUCAUAGCAAUGAGAAAGUCAAUAAAGAAGCAGAAUUAUAACACUGUGUAUCUCAGCACCUUUUAAAAGGUUUUUAAUGGAUAAUAUUUAUUCAUGAGGAAAUGACUGAAAAAAGGUGAUAAAAAUGGAUUUUGUGAUUUCUUUUUUCCUUCAUGCAGCAGGAUCCUUAAUCAACCAAAACUACACUUUUUUUCUUUUCUAUCUGAAGGUUUUGGACAAAGAAGCCACCUUGUCACCAGGAAUUUAAUUUCCAUCUUUUAUGUGCGUGUAUGUGUGUGUGCGUGUGCGCGAACAAGCAAGCAAGAGAAUCACAAAAACUUGGCACAUUUCAGCUACAGAUGAUCUGAGCACACUUCCCUGUUUCUGGGCUCAAUCCUGCAAAGACUUACGGUUUGCAUGGUCACAAGCUUCAAGUCAUGCCUGUAGAACCUAUGGUUCUGCUCCCUGUGCAUCCGUUUCUGCAUGAGUGUGUCUUUGCAGGCUUCAGCCUUUUGAGUGCACAGUAGCAAAACAAACAUCUGCAUGCAAUCACACCCACACACACACACACACGCACACAAGCACUAAUAAAAACUUUCAUUGUGGAUGGCUUUUUUUUCUUGAGAGAGGUUUUUUUUUGUACUUACCUUUAACUCAACACAAAUUGCAGUUGCAAACAGUGUAUUUGUCUGCUAAUUAUUGUCUGGGGGAUCAUAUUUGUGGGGAAGAAAACAGGCUUUGGUAGUAAACCACAAUUUUUUGCUUUUUUAAAAAAAGAUUAUUUUGUUAUCACUGGCUUGUAAAGAGUGUGACUAGAUAAAUUAGUUCUAUACUUUUAGAAGUCUAAAACGGUGAGCCUAGGAAAUUAUACCUUUUUUAUCCUGUACACACAAGUUUCAAAGAGGACAAACCAUACAAAGCAAUUGUGCCAGAUGUUCAUAAAUAGUAAUCUAGGCCCAUGCUCUCUUUUUUCUGCUUUAUAUGUGUUUCUUUAAUAGUAAUGGAAAUGUCUGCCAUUGUAUAUAGUAGCCAGAUAGUGGAUCUGUCCUUGGUAGGAUUACUUCAGGAGCCAAAUGUUUUGCAUGGACUGACAGUGUGUCUCAUUUUGUUAUACAGUCCUGUGGCUCUUAGUAAUAGUAAGUGACUGGGAUGCAUCAACUUGAUGGAUAAAGCAAUUAAAUAAUAUUGAACUUUCCCUUGUUAAAGCAUCGUUUUCUGUCAAAGAGGAGGGUUGCUUCUAGAUUUUUGAGGUCUACUUUAUAUUAGAGUACCAUUUCUAAUCAAUUUAUAAAACACUGUUAAUAGAUGGUUUAAAUAAUAUGUAUGUUUCAAAAUAGCUCACCAAUUGUUAAAUAUUGUUAUACUGUUUAGAAAGUUUAGGACUGUGAGUUAUAACCAUCUAUAAGGUUUUAUACCAAUGUUCUCCUAACAGACCUCCCUCAGGUGCCAGUCUGAGGGAUCUCCAUCCAUGUCAACAAGACUUAGGCUAAUACAGAGCUCUGUGGAUUGUGCCCUUCAUCUGUCAUAAUGUUUGCACAGUUUAUUCAUCUCUGUGAACUCAUUUACCUUUCAGUGUACUGUGUAUCCCUUUUCCAAACAUGUUUAUGUUGCCCACAUCAUACCACCCUUGGCAGCUUUGCUUUGCUUGUUCUAAAGCACCUCAAAGUUUAACUCAAACAUUUUAAAUGGACAUUAUGUUGCUUUUUAAAGGGGAGGAGGAGGCUUCAUAAACUAAACCAAACAUUCAUAAAAUAUUAUGCUCCAUUGCAGUAAAACUUAUUAUUCAAGCUUUUGUUCAGGCAUUUAUUAUCAUUUAAACUUUACAGGCAUUAAACAAAUAUUUCUCAGAAGCUGCACAAAAAUGUAGAAAGGGGAAAACUAGAUUGUCCUGUGGUCAGAUACCUUUAGCCAGUCAAAAACCUUUUAAAAAUUACCAAAUUGUUUCUUGGUUUCUCAAAGAUUUUACACCCACUUCUGUUUAAUCUGUUUAAAAGAAAUUUCCAUGCAUUGCCCACCUAAUUUCCUGAUCAGUUAUCUCCUUAUGCAGCGUAUUAGCUAUUUCAGUUGCAAAUCUUUCUUAGGUUCAGGAGCCACACUUGGGAUGGGCUACAGCUCUCCUACCCCCAAUUUUAAAUUUUAUUUUAAAAUGAAAAAUACAUGUUUUAUAGUAUUGGGUGGAGAGCGUAUGUUUCUAGAUUAAAUCUAUGCCAGAAUCACAUAGGAUACCAGAUUGGUAGUUAAAGUGGAGCCAUGGUGCUAUUAUUGCCCAAUGUGAAAGAACCCACUAUCAUGAAGCAAGGACUUGGAAAAGAUGGAUAUACUGUAAAUAUGUCCUGCCAUAACCAGAUUCCUCAUCAGAGAACCUGCACAAAAGCUUCUGAUAACUGCAAAAUUCCAAGCAGUGCAGUUUAAACCACACACAUGUGAAAUGAGGUGGCUCUUCAUUUACCCCCAGUUGCAUUCAGAUCCAAUAAUGAUUUUUCAGCAUCAGGAAUUUACCUUUCAGUGAAUGAAGUCAUACUACUGAGACUCAGUGUUAUCCUUCAAGUUUCUCCAUUGUGUAUAUACUAUUUUAAAAAUUAAAACAACACACAUGAUUUCACAAUUUUCAAGAUCUCUCUAGUGAUCCUGCUUGCUUUUCAUAGUGUACAGUACAAGAGAACUAACCAUCAGGCUCUCAGUAAUGCCUACAUUAAAUGCUUCUUUAUUUCAUUUACCUUCA